AUGUUUUCCAACGCGCUGAAAUCAAUUUCCGCUACCAACAUCACGGGCAACUACACAAUAUCGCCUAACGCGACCUCGACAGCUGGCCCGUGGCGAAUCUACGAUGCAAAGAAGAAGUCGACCGGCAAGCCCUACAGCGUCUUCGUCUUUGAUAAGAAGUCGCUCGAUGCCCACGGUAACUCUCUAGGCCGCUCCGGAGCCACCUCUUUCAAGAAGACGGUCGAAGAGGUUGUCGAGCGACUGAAAAAGGAAGCCUCCAGCUUAGCCAAGCUGCGACACCCGAACAUUCUCGAACUCGUCGAGCCUGUGGAGGAGACACGAGGCGGCGGGCUUCAAUUCGUCACAGAACCUGUCACGGCGUCAUUGGCAAGUCUUCUGCAGGAAAAGGAUGAACAAGAACGAUCCGGUGGCCCUGGUGGUCGCUCAAGCCGCUAUGUAACCGAGGACGCCGACGGUGUCCGCCGCAGGAGGGAACUAGAGAUUGAUGAGCUCGAGAUUCAAAAAGGCCUCUUGCAAAUCAGCAAGGCUCUUGAAUUCUUCCACGAAAAUGCCGGCCUCGUCCAUGGCAAUCUCACGCCAGAGGCCAUUCUAAUCAAUUCCAAGUCUGAUUGGAAAAUAAGCGGCCUGUCAUUCUGCAGUCCAGCAGACGGCUCAAAUAAGCCAACCUCGAUACAGGGCAUCAGCCUCCAUGAAGUUCUCAAUCUCGACCCUCGGCUCCCCAAAUACGUCCAACUAAAUCUCGAUUACACCUCUCCCGACUUUGUCAUGGACAACAACCUAACGUCCUCCGCCGACAUGUUCUCUCUAGGCCUCCUAGCUGUCGCCCUAUACAACUCCCCGCAUCGAUCACCCCUCGAGAGUCACGGCAGCAUCUCAACAUAUAAGCGCCUCUUUUCCUCCUCAUCAACGGUUCCUUCCGGGUCAAACAGCUUCCUCAGCUCCCGCCCGCUGCCAAAGGAGCUCGCCAACCAUGUGCUGCCACGCCUCAUCACACGACGGCCUGCGCAGCGAAUGACAGCACGCGAGUUUCAAGAGAGCGAAUACUUUGAUAAUAUUCUCGUCUCCACCAUUCGAUUCCUGGAUUCCUUUCCCGCCAAAACGCCUAACGAAAAGUCCCAGUUCUUACGUGGUCUGAACAAGGUACUACCUUCGUUUCCCAAGUCCGUCAUGGAGAAGAAGAUUCUGCCAGCCCUUCUCGACGAGCUCAAAGAUAAAGAGCUACUCUCUCUGAUUCUUCAGAAUGUCUUCAAAAUUGUCGACCUUCUCCCCUCCGCGCGUCGAGCUUUCAGCGAGCGUGUUCGCCCAGCGCUCAAGGAGAUCUUCGUCACCAACGCAAAGCAAACUCAGGAAAAGGAUGCCGCCCGAGACGCUGGUCUCAUGGUAUUUCUCGAAAACUUGGCAGCUGCGGCCAAUAAUUGCAAUGGCAAAGAAUUCAAAGAUGAUAUUUUACCUGUUGUUGUUGCUGCCAUAGAAUGCCCUACACCGUCGAUUGUAGACGCCGCCCUACGCAGCCUCCCAGUCGUCCUACCUGCCCUCGACUUUAGCACCAUCAAGAAUGAGCUGUUUCCUAUCGUCGCCGCCGUGUUCAGCAAAACCAACAGCCUGGCCAUCAAGGUCCGCGGUCUGCAGUCAUUCGUAAUUUUAUGUGGCGGAUCCAACGAUGGUUCAAGCGGUGACGACGGUCUCAGCGGCCUCAUGCAGGAGAAAAAGAAGACGUCUUCCUCCACCGCGCUGGACAAGUACACCAUGCAGGAGAAGAUUGUGCCACUCAUCAAGGUCAUCAAAACCAAAGAGCCCGCCGUCAUGAUGGCUUCCCUCAAUGUUCUCGGCAUCGUCGGUGACAUUGCCGACGCCGACUUUGUCGCCAUGGACAUCCUCCCGAUCUUGUGGAGCAUGAGCCUCGGGCCGCUGCUCAACCUGAAACAGUUCCAGGCGUUCAUGGCCCUCAUCAAGACCCUCUCGCGCCGUGUCGAGGACGAGCAGACACGCAAACUACAGGAGCUCGCCGGCACACCCAAUGGCGCCACUGCCGCGCCCAACGAAGACUUCCUCGCCUUUGGCGGCGUCACCGGCACCGCCUUCGACAGCGGCUCCAACGGCGCAACGGCCGACGACUUUGAGGCGCUCGUUAAAGGCAAGGCCACCGGGAGCAGCCCCAACCCCGGUAGCAACGGCUUCGCCAGCUGGGACGCGCCCCAGGCCAACCCCGUGGCCACCGCCGCCGCCAAAUCGCCCAUAAGCCCGCAAGCUCCCGCCUUUUCCUGGUCGACACAAGCACCGGUCAGCCCUGCCGCGUCCGGGGGCCGCUCGUCCUUUUCGCCGCAGCAGCAGCAGGCCAGCUUCCGCACCGUCACGCCGGAUCUCGCGCGGUUCGAGCCCAUGGCACCAUCCUCCACGCAGUACAGCCAACCGCUGCAGCCUUCGACGUCAUCCUUUGCGCAGCCCGCCAGUGCUACUACACAGUCCACGUCGUCUUCCAUAAACUGGGGCGCCACGGCCGCGUCGACACCCAACCCCUGGACAUCGACGAGCGGCGUCAGCACGCCCAACUACAGCAACAUGGGCGCCGGCACCGCCAGCAUGGCAUCGUCCAUGGCCAGCCUAUCGAUUGGCGGCGGACACCAGCCGCAACGACCGCCCCUGCCAAGCCAGACGACAUCGUUUUCGCUACCGCCGCCGCCGGGCGCCGGAGCGAGCAAGUCAUCUGCGUUUGGCGACAUGCAAUCGAGUAGCGCCUCGGCGUGGGCGACGAGCGGCAGCAGUAUGGGUGGCAUGAUGGCGCAGCAGCAGCAGCAACAGAGGACGAUGAGCGGUAGCGGGAUGGGCAUGGUGAAUACGGGUGGUGGCACGAAUGCGAGCGCGAACGCGGCAGGGCAAUCCAAGAGCGGCCUGGACAAGUAUCAAAGUCUGAUAUAG